UAAACAUCAUCACGUAUUGAAGAACUUCAAGGCUUUAUAUAGUUAAUUGAAUAUAUUGUUGCAUUUGUUUUUGUUCCUACUGUUAUUACUGUUGUUGUCGUUGUUGUUGUUGUUGUUGUUGUUGUUGUUCUUCUUCUUCUUCUUCUUCUUCUUCUUCUUCUUCUUCUUCUGCUUUACGGUAGUGGUGGUGGUGAUGGUGUUGGUAGAGUGUGAAUCAGUUUUGUUGUUAGUGUAAUCUGUUUGCGUCGCUGGCCGUGAAGGUUUGUGCAGGUGAGGUCUCUGCUAGUGUUGAUAUUGCAGUUGUGGCUGCCAUUUUAGUUAUUGCUGUUGUAAUUGUUACUGUUCUCGUAGUUGCUGUUCUUAUCAUUUGCUGCUCCUGUUCCUAUUGUUAACGUUAGUGCUUGUACCACUGACGUUGCUAAUACUAUUAUUUUUGUUGCUAUUGUGUUUGUCGCUACUUUUUCCGUUGCAUUUGCUGUCUCUGCUUUUUGCUGUUUGUGUUGAUAUUUUCUUUAUCAUUUUUGCUAUUCGUUUUUGUGACUACCGUUCUUGCUUAUUGCUUUUUAUUGUUGUAUUGCUGUUGCUGUUGUUAUUGUUGUUACCACUGCCGCCAUUUUUUGUAUGCGUGUUUGUGUCACAAGAGAAAAAAAUAAGUUAAAAGAAGAUCAAAUAUAAAACAGGACAAAUUAAAACGGAAGAACACAAUUAUACCAAUGUCGCCGGUGAUUUGUAGAGACCGAAGUGGUUUCCAUUCUCGUGGCGUGUUCAAACUGAUAACUUGUUCCAUGUGUUAUAUCUUUAUAUUCCCGCGAUUGAAUAUUCUCGAAAGAGAGUUUGAAAAUAAAAUGACCAUCAUAAAAGACAAUUAUACUGCGGAGCCGGACAUUGAAAAUGAAACUGUAAUAGCACGGUUCUGCUCCGCUUUCGACAACGAAGAGCAGUGUGGUCGAUGGAAAUCGUGCUGUAAAGGAGCUUUACAGUGUUGUGAAGAACAACAAAAAGAUGUAAACAUUUCACAAGAUGAUAGGCCAACAUGUCCACCGACUUGGGAUGGUUUCAGCUGCUGGAAAAGAACACCGGAAAAAACAAGGGUCUUCAACGAAUGUCCUGAAUACGUCCAUGAAUUUGAAGUAUCAGACGGUAAAGCACACAAAUAUUGCGAAGCUAAUGGCACCUGGUGGAUGUUUCCAAAAACCGAUCAGGAAUGGAGCAAUUACAGCACAUGUAUUCAGUUACAGAAACGCUGGACUACUCUGUGCCUGGGUAUUUCUUCUAGUGUAAUCAGCAUCUUGUUGCUGAUUCCUGCUACCUUGGUCUUCCUUUACUUCCGACCACUUCGAAUACAGCAGCGGAUCCGUAUUCACAUCUGUCUCUUCCUCUCUCUAAUCUUGACGGCGUUCUCUCAUUUUCUUUGGGACAUUCUUAUUUUCUAUAAUCAGUUCCGGAAUAAAGGUGGAAAUUCGAACCUCUCCAGAAACACGGUUGGCUGCCGGUUCCUGUACUUCAUAACGCGAUACUGCCGUAACACCAACUUCAGCUGUAUGUUCAUCGAAGGAUUUUACCUGUACCGUCUACUUACUGCUACUUUUAAGCAACCAAAACGUUUAAUAGGAUAUUACUUGUUCGUAUGGGUUUUCCCGUUGGUACCAGCGUUAAUUUAUGCCACAAUUCGCGGAACAAUGUUCAACAAAUUAUGCUGGUCAAAUGAUAUUGGACGUUAUGAGUGGGUCUUGUACACACCAAAUCUUCUUUGUCUUAUCGGCAAUCUCAUUUUCUUCAUCUACAUUCUGAUGGUAUUGAUCACUCAACUUCAAACACAUCCAAACGAGCCAAGCAGUUACAGGCGAGCUUUGAAAGCCACUUUUGUGUUGAUUCCUCUGUUUGGUCUCCAGCUUGUAUUUAUCAUCAACAGACCUGAUAGUUCUUCCUCAUACGUCUAUACAUACGAGAAUAUAUCAGAGAUUAUCAUUAAAUCACAGGGAGCAUUUGUAGCUCUAAUUUUCUGCUUUUUCAAUGGCGAGGUAAGUAUUUUUUUUUUUUAAUAAGCACCAACAACCGUGUUACUGUAACUUCUGUUUGCAUCUCCUUACGCCAAUGCAUUUCGUAUCUUACAAGAACGGCAAAAUAAUACUCUAGGAAGUGGAAACUCGCUACAGAGCGAACAAACAGCAGGGGAGAAACUGUCAGAGAACUCCAGUCAAGCAAGUGUUUCGACCCGUUAGUUCCUGACACUUUAAGGGAGCCGGGUCUACAUAGGUCAUGACUACUAGGUGUCCUGUUAUUUCUGAAAUGCUGCCUUUAGUUUAGAUUGGAUCUGGGGCAUUCGGGUGAUCUUAUUUCCCUGUACUCUGGUGUUUACCACCCGAUCAUGAAAACCACCGAAAGAACUUACACUGUGGAUUUAUUUAAAUCUGAGUUUUCCUCCUCCUGUUCUCCGUUUAUCGCCUGGCAAUUUUCUAUUUCAGCUCCAGCUAUCGUUUCUCUUUGCCUAUAGCCACAUUGAGCUCUUCUCAGCUGUUUCGUUGCUGUUCUUUUACGACCUUUGAUUCAGAGCUAACCUAGUGGUUGACACAUGGAGAAUACGACAAACCCUCGUGC